CCUCCUGGAUGGACAAAGCAUACUGAACCGCCUUCGGAUCAGAUACUCGAGUUGCAGCUUGUACUAUCACAUCCGGGAUACAGCGAGCUCGAGAACCACCUACUCCAGAUCAGCGACCCUAGCAAUUCGCGCUAUGGCAUGCACCUGUCAAAGGAGGAGGUGCAUGCGCUUAUGGCACCGACUCAGGACACGCACGAGGUCGUAAACGAGUGGCUCGCGUCUCAUGGUCUUGACGAAAGCUCGCUGGUGCGUUCUUCGAUCAAGGAUUGGGUGUCUUUUCUAGUCCCCGUCUCGUUAGCUGAGGAGAUGUUUGAUACGCAUUUUCACGUCUACAAGCACGACCAGUCCGCAGAGGCUGUCAUUCGAACGACGAGCUAUAGCCUCCCUGAGGUGCUUCACGCACACAUCGACCUCGUCCAUCCUAUGAUAAUGUACACCUCCCCAAAGCCCUUCAGGUCGGCGCUCCACUUCGCAGGCGGCGAGCGCAGGGACGUGGACGUCAUGGCGACUACCACUGGUACCGUUACCAGUCCCUCGGGCAACACGGUCAACGCAUCAUGCAAGUCCACCAUCACACCGGACUGCCUUCGUCAGCUGUACAACGUCGGCAAUUACACGUCGUCUGCGUCGAACGGGAAUAGUAUCGCUGUUACUGCGUAUAUACAGGAGUACGCCAACUUUGCGGAUUAUCAACAGUUCCUACGUGCGCAGGCUCCCGAUGCAGCGGGUUCGAACUUUUCUGUGAUAUCUAUCGCUGGUGGUCAAAAUAACCAGACGCUCAAUCAGUCAGGCGAAGAAGCGGCGCUGGACAUCGACUACGCAUUCAGCUUGGCACACCCCAUCCCAAGUACCUUCUACACCGUUGGAGGUACACCCACAGGGAUAAACUGGACGUUGCCUAUCUUAGAGUUCAUCGAUUACGUAUUGAACCAGACCGAUAUACCCCAGGUUAUUUCCACCAGCUACGGUCAGCCCGAGGACACAGUGCCAUUCAGCUACGCAAAUAAGGUUUGUCAGGGCUUUGCUGCUCUAGGUGCUCGUGGUGUUUCUGUUCUCUUCGCCUCUGGCGACUACGGUGUGGGACUUUGCGAGGCAAACGCGACUAACCCACAAUUCCAACCGCAAUGGCCAGCUACCUGCCCUUACGUAACCAGCGUCGGCGCAACUCAGGAUAUCCCGGAAGUUGCAUGGCAGUACUCGGGAGGCGGGUUCAGCAGCUACUAUCCUCGGCCACCUUACCAAGACGAGGCUGCGCAAGCGUUUCUGUCACAAGUCGGAAGCGCCUACGAAGGCCAGUAUAACUCGAGCGGUCGCGGACACCCAGACAUCUCAGCCCAAGGCGUCAACUACCUCAUAAUCAAGGGUGGCAAUGUCACGUCCGCCUCCGGCACGUCCGCCUCGAGUCCCGUCGUAGCUGCGCUUGUCGCAAUGCUCAACGACGCUCGCAUCAAGGCGGGUAUGUCUACCCUUGGCUUUCUUAACCCAUUGUUGUACUCGCAAGGUGCCUCCGCUCUGAACGAUAUCACUAAGGGAAGUAACCCGGGAUGUGGUACACCGGGCUUCAACGCUACGAAGGGAUGGGACCCGGUCACUGGCCUUGGAACACCAGAUUUUUCAAGACUCAAGGACCUUGUGCUAUCCUCCAACAUUUCAUUGUCGGAUUAAACCAUAAUCGCAUCGAAUGUUCUCCCUUUGGACAUCGAUGAAUUAAGGGUUAGAUUACAUAAAGUUACUGACAAACGCGUGCCCUCUUUGAUCGAGUUUUAUUAAUC